AUCGCCCACGUUACCGAUUCCAUCUCUCUCCCAAUCACUUCACCCUUGCUUUAAAUACGCCAAUCACUGCCCUACAAAAGUCAUUUUUUCAGUUUUACAACUCCCUGGCUCUUGCCAUGCCGCGAACUGCUCUUCAAUGGCUUAGCCUUGUGGGGAUCAUUUGGCUUCAAUCCAUAAAUGGAACCAACACCAAUUUCCCCGCUUACUCAUCCCAACUCAAGAACCUCCUCUCUAUAUCACAAAUUCAGCUCAACAAUCUUGCCUUCGCCUCUGAUGCCGGUAAGCUGUUUGGGUGGCUAUCAGGCAUUGCAGCCAAGUACUUGCCCAUAUGGCUAGUCCUUAUCCUUGGUUCAGCUGUCGGGUUGAUCGGUUAUGGACUGCAAUAUCUCUUCCUGAUAGGCCGUAUCUCCAACUUGCCUUAUGGUCUCAUUUUCUUCCUCACUAUUCUAGCAGGAAAUAGCAUUUGCUGGAUCAACACCGUUUCUUACCUAGUUAUUAUUAGAAACUUUCCUCUGGACCGUCAACUCGCCAUAGGAUUGACAGGUAGCUACCUAGGAUUAAGUGCCAAAAUCUACACAGAUAUUGUGGAUGUUGUCGUCCCUUCGUCACUCGUCCAGAGAGCAAGAGCCUAUCUUUUUCUUAGCUCUGUCUUACCAUUCACAGUUAGUGUCAUAGCCGCACCAGUCGUUAGAGUUAUUAAUGUUGGAAAGACCAAGAGGACCAAAGUUGCGCUCAUAUUGAUUCUUGUCAUAACAGUAGCCACAGGAGUCUUUGCUGUCAUGGGCAGCUUGGGAUCAGCAUCAAGCUGGUUAUCACCAUUUACUAGCUUAGUUGGUAUUGUAGCGUUGCUAUUAGCCCCACUUCUAAUUCCUCUAGGACAGCAAAUCAGGCAACUGAUUGUAGCAAGAUUGGGAUAUAACAGAGCGGAAAAAGUUUAUGUAGAGGAGAAUGUUUCCAUGGAGAAAAUGGAGAGAGGGGUGAAAGAGACAGAAAGCGUAAGCGAAACAAGAGAGAACACUUUUGAGUCAAGUUUUAGGGAAAACAUCAGAGAAACUGAUGAGUUAAGUGAAAGUGGAGAUGAUGACAUAAGUGAAACAAAAGAGAUCAGUGUGAAAGAGGAGAUCGGUGUGAAGUUGAUGGUAAGGAGAUUGAAUUUUUGGUUGUAUUUCUUUGUUUAUCUUUUUGGUAUUACACUUGGGCUGGUGUUCUUCAACAACUUGGGACAAAUAGCUGAAUCUCGUGGAUGUUCAGCUUCUGCCCUAGUUUCAUUAUCUUCUUCAUUUGGUUUCUUUGGCCGUCUCAUUCCAUCUCUUCUGGAUUACUUCUUCUCAAGGAGAAAAUACAUGAUACCAAGAACUGCUUUUUUGGUAGCAUUAAUGGUCCCAACAGGAGGAGCUUUCUUCUUACUUCUCAGCACCACCAACCUCUCUCUUUACAUCAGCACCGCCAUCAUAGGAGCUUGUACAGGAGCAAUCACUUCCAUUUCCGUACCUCUAACUACAGAGCUCUUCGGGACAAAAAAUUUCGGCGUGAACCAUAACGUUGUGGUGGUGAACAUCCCCAUUGGGUCCUUGCUCUUUGGCUACCUAGCAGCUCUUGUUUACCGCAAGGAAGGAAAUGCAGAUGGGAAAUGCUUCGGCACGGAAUGCUACAGAAAGACCUUCAUUUUAUGGGGUUCACUUGGUUUUCUUGGGACCUUCCUGGCAUUCAUCCUUUACGCUCGUACCCGAAAAUUUUACAGUUCACAAAGAUCAUAGGAAAACCAAUUACCGAAGGUAAUUACGUACGUAUAUAGGAAAGCCUUGUUAGAAACUAGUAUACUAUAUGGUGAUGACUUAAAAACUCUUUUACGCACUUAUAUAUUUGACAAAUCAAUUCUUGAAACUUAUUUAUAAUGAUUCAGGAAUCCAUAUUUAUGGUUAAUUAGUUUCGUGAA